CCUUUCUGAUAACAGGAAAUUUCACGAAAUAACUCGAAACAGUUCGACUAUCGAUCUUGAGAAUUGUUCCGCUUUCAAGCGAUUAAUCGCGUAUGAGGCCAACCCGGUGCCGAGUGCUGAAUUAAUAAACACAUAACGAGAAGAAAUUAAACGAUUUCUCCAACAUUUCCAAUGACCGUCGGUAAUCUCGAAAGCGCUGAGAUGGGCAAGGAUUCAAUACAAGAUGGAAAAACCCAGGCAGACUUCAUUCAGGAGAAAUUAAAUUUUAACAUCGAUUCUACGGAUCCUGUGACAAAAGCAUCUUUAUCUGAUCAUCUAGAAAAUGAAUGGAUAGAUAUACUUGGCAAUGGCCAACUUAAAAAGAAAGUCAUAUUAAAGGGCAAGAAUGGAACACGGCCAAAUAGAGGUGACAUAUGUACCUUAAAAAUAAUUGGCAAACUUAAAAAUAAUCAAAAAAUAGUGGAGAAUUAUGAGGAUUUUGUUAUACAGUUAGGAGAUGUGGAGGUUGUACAGGGGUUGGAUUUAGCAAUUGCAAUGAUGGAUGUAAAUGAAAUUGCUGUGAUUGAAGUUGAUCCUAGAUUUGCUUAUGGCAUACUUGGACAAAGACCUGAUAUACCACCCGAUGCUACUAUUGAAUAUACAGUUGAACUGAAAACUGUUGACUUAGAGACUGAUAUAGAUACACUAAGCAUAAAACAGAGAAAAGAAAUAGGGAACAAAAAACGAGAACGUGGAAACUGGUGGUUUAUACGGGAUGAACCAUCUCUUGCAAUACAAUGUUACCGAAAAGCAUUAGAUUAUCUAUCACCGACGAUGAAUGUUACAAAUUCGAGUCAACAUGAAAAGGAAGAAACAGUUGGUGAUGCUGAAUUGCAGGAUUUAUUGGAGGAUCGCAUGAAAGUAUAUAAUAAUUUAGCAGCCUCACAAAUGAAGACACAAGCUUAUGACUUGGCCCUGGAAAGUGUAGAUAAUGUCCUGAACUGCCAGCCACAGAAUGUAAAAGCUUUAUUUAGGAAAGGGAAGAUAUUACAUUAUAAAGGAGAACACGAGCAAGCCUAUCUAGUUUUGCUUCAAGCUGCGAAAUUAGAGCCGGAAUCGAAAAUUAUACAAACAGAAUUGGCAAUCUUAAAGGAAAAGAAUGCUAAGGACGCUCUUCACGAAAAGCAUUUGUAUCGUAAAAUGCUUGGUACAAAUAAAAAUACUAAUAAUUCAAAGAACAUGAAUAUGGAAAAGAAACAAAAAACUAACAAAGCUAUAUGGGGUCUGAUCGGAGGAGCAUCUGCUGCUGCUCUAGUUGGUCUGCUGGCAUACAGGUUUGCUACAUGAAAAUAAUGAAAACCAGGAGCGGAUAAAAUUAAAUAUUAAAUUAACGGGUUGGAAAAUAACGAUUCUCAUGAGAACAGAGCAUAAUUCCCAACUAAAAAAAAAAGAAUACACAUUUUCUCAUUUUUAAAUGUUUCUAAAUAUAUGGUAAAAUAAUAUUCUAUAAAUUGUUUUAACACGCCGAGAAUAAGUUACGUGAGUAAUAAUCCGAUAAAAUGUUUGAAGUUUGGUACUAUAUAUAAGUUUCUUUAGGUAUCAUCGUUAGUGCAACACAUCCGAAGAACACGCCAUUAUAUUCAUAUUUACAUUGCCGAUAUCUAAUAAUUACAUCAAACAGCUACAUACUCGCGAUAUAUGAUUAAAAUAAGCGUUCCCUCUGACGCCUCUAAUACAAGAGUUACAAUUUUAUAAUACACAGAAUAAUCAAAAAUUACACAAAGUGCGAUUCUCUCAGUACUUUAUACAAUGCUCUGUUCGAAAACUAUGGGUAAUAGUCGUACAAUCAGCGGCAUUAAUGUUGUCCGAUCCCUACAAUCAAGGAUUUGUAUUUCUAUAAAAAAAUAUUUUAUCUAUUUUAU